AUGGGCGGCAAGAAGAAUGAAGAUGUGCAGGCGCAUGUCUCCGGCCAGGCAAACAAGCCCAUGACCGCGCCUGCACAUGCGCUGAAGAUCGAUGAGGUUGUUGAUCAGCUUCAUGCCAACACUGAAGUUGGUCUAAGCACAGUCGAAGCCAAGAGACGCCUGGAAGAGUAUGGUCGCAACGAAUUUGGCGAGCAAGAGGGUGUUCAGCCGCUCAAGAUCUUCAUUGGACAAAUUGCGAAUGCAUUAACGCUUGUCCUCAUCCUCGCUAUGGCUGCCUCUUUUGGCAUUCAGUCGUGGAUUGAAGGCGGUGUUAUUGCUGUUGUCAUCAUUCUCAACAUUGUUGUCGGUUUCUUCCAAGAAUUCAAGGCUGCAAAGACUAUGGAUUCCCUUCGAUCACUCAGCUCUCCAACUGCUCAAGCUAUUCGAAAUGGCAACAACGAGACUGUUGUCACAGGGGAAAUCGUUCCCGUCAACUUUGAGACCAACGAAGCGUUGCUCACCGGAGAGUCGCUCCCUGUUCGCAAGGGACCGGUUCCCACCUAUGCGGAUGAUACUGGACCAGGUGAUCGGCUUAACAUUGCCUACAGCUCAUCGACCGUCACCAAGGGCCGAGCACGGGGUGUUGUAUUUGCCACCGGCCUUUACACUGAAAUCGGUCAGAUCGCCGCCGCUCUUCGUGGCAAGAGCUCUCGUCGACGUGAGCCUAAGCGCCGAGAGGAUGGUACCACCAGCUUCGGCCGCUGGCUGCAAGCAUGGUCUCUCACAUUCUCUGACGCUGUCGGCUGCUUCCUCGGCGUGAGCGUUGGUACUCCUCUCCAGAAGAAGCUUUCCAAGCUUGCAUUGCUCCUUCUGGGUACUGCCAUUAUAUGCGCCAUUAUUGUUAUGGGUGCCAACAAGUUUGAUACCAAGCAAGAGGUUAUCAUUUAUGCUGUUGCUACCGGCUUGUCAAUGAUCCCAGCUUCACUUAUAGUCGUUCUUACCAUCACCAUGGCGGCUGGUACGAAGCGCAUGGUCCAGCGUCACGUCAUUGUCCGCAACUUGAAGAGUCUGGAGGCUCUUGGGGCGGUUUCUAAUAUCUGUUCCGACAAGACUGGUACCCUUACCCAGGGUAACAUGAUUGUCAAGAAAGCUUGGAUUCCAGGACGCGGUACAUACUCCGUUGGUACUACUAGCGAGCCCUUCAACCCGACCGUCGGGCAACUCGGUCUAAACGCUGCCCAGCCCAAGGAUAUCAAUUUCUGCAGCGACGACGCUGAUGGUGAGCCUAUCAAUGGCCCUGAUGUUGUCAUCACGGAUGCCACACUCAGGGAGUAUCUGAACAUUGCCUCACUUGCCAACCUCGCAUUUGUAAACAAGGUGAAUGAUGAGUGGCAUGGACGGGGUGACCCCACCGAGAUUGCUAUUCAAGUAUUUGCCUCGCGAUUCAACUGGAAUCGUCUUCGCCUCUCCACAGGCGAACAUGCCAAAUGGCACCAAGUUGCCGAAUUCCCGUUUGACUCUGAAGUGAAGAAGAUGUCUGUCAUUUUCGAAAAUAACGAAACUAAUAAACAGUGGCUUUUUACCAAGGGCGCUGUUGAACGCCUUCUCAACUCCUGCCCUCAAUAUGUCGUGGGUGACAAGGUCGAAGAUCUGACCGAAGAUAUCAAGGAAGAUGUGCUCAGGAACAUGGAAGCCCUGGCUCGCCUGGGACUGCGCGUAUUGGCCCUGGCCAGCCGAACAGAUAUUCCCCAUGUCAAAGAUAAUGAGGCCGACUUGGAGCGGGGCACGUUUGAGCAAGAUCUAACCUUCCGUGGUCUCAUCGGCCUCUAUGACCCUCCUCGUCCUGAAUCCGCCCCCUCGGUGCGGAAGUGCCAUGCAGCCGGGAUCAGCGUUCAUAUGUUGACUGGUGACCAUCCGGAGACUGCCCGUGCCAUUGCCCUAGAGGUUGGGAUCCUUCCCACCAGGAUGAACGAGAUUGCUGCUGAUGUAGCCAGGACCAUGGUGAUGACCGCAUCUGAUUUCGACAAACUAACUGACCAGGAAAUCGAUGACCUGCCUCUUCUUCCCCUUGUCGUCGCCCGAUGCGCCCCUCAGACCAAAGUCCGAAUGAUUGAGGCUCUCCACCGUCGAAAGUGCUUUGUUGCCAUGACUGGUGACGGUGUCAACGACUCACCUAGCUUGAAGCGUGCUGACGUUGGUAUCGCCAUGGGUCAAGCUGGCUCUGACGUCGCUAAAGAGGCUUCCGACAUUGUUCUCACUGACGAUAACUUUGCUUCUAUUCUCAACGCUGUUGAAGAGGGCCGACGCAUGUUCGACAACAUUCAAAAGUUUAUCCUUCACGUCUUGGCAGAAAAUAUCGCCCAGGCAUGCACGCUUCUGAUUGGUCUCGUUUUCAAGGAUAGGCGUGGUAUUUCAGUGUUCCCUUUGGCUCCUGUGGAAAUUCUUUGGAUCAUCAUGGUUACCUCUGGUAUGCCUGACAUGGGCCUCGGAUUCGAGAUUGCUGCUCCAGAUAUCAUGCAGCGGCCACCUCAAAACUUGAAGCAAGGCGUCUUUACUCCUGAACUUUUAAUUGACAUGACCGUCUAUGGCCUCUGGAUGUCCGCCCUCUGCCUGGCCUCCUUCGUUCUCGUCUUGUACGGCUUUGGUAACGGGGCUGCUGACCUCGGAGAUAACUGCAACAAUGAAUACUCUGAAGAGUGUGAGGUUGUCUUCCGUGCUCGUGCCACUACGUUCGCAUGCCUUACUUGGUUCGCUCUCUUCCUGGCCUGGGAAAUGGUCAACAUGCGCCGAUCUUUCUUUCGCAUGCAGCCCAAGAGCAAGCACUACUUUACACAAUGGAUCAUUGACGUCUGGCGUAACAAAUUCCUCUUUUGGGCCAUUGUUGCAGGCUUCAUCACUAUGUUCCCAAUCAUCUACAUCCCUGUUCUGAACACGGUUGUCUUCAAGCACACUGGCAUAAGCUGGGAAUGGGGUAUCGUCUUUAUCGAAGCAGUUCUGUUCUUCAUGGGCAUUGAAGCCUGGAAGUGGGCUAAGCGAGUUUAUUUCCGCCACCAAGUGAGAACGGUUACAGACAUGAAGGUGGAUGUGGAGACUCGUACGUUUGGUCAUUAUUUCACAAAUAGCAAUGCCACCGGACAGGACGAAGAUAGUUCGAACUUGGACAGUGGGGCGAAUUACGAACAGAUGGGCGGCCGUACAGGCGCCAUUGGGGAAAAGGGGCCUCAAUGA